UGCCUGUUGAGCACAAUGAGAUUUGUGUUUCGAUACCUUUUCUAAUCACAGAUCUUCGGUUUAUAUAACCUUCUCGACUUGUUUCCUGGUGAGAAAGCACUCGUAAUCCAUUAUUGAAUUUAGGCCUCAUGGGCCCAUUGUCCAUGAACCCAAACCUUCUUUCUCCUCCACUGGAACUGCAAACUGCAAAGCAAAUGAAAAGGAAAGGCAGGCUUCUCUCUCCUCCAUUGGCACUGCAAAGCAAAUUCUUUAGCUUCAGCUCACUAUGAAGCAGGAGGCAAACUAGAGAAAAAUAAAUAAAAAAAUAAAAAAAACAGAUGCAGGAGACUUUUACCCUAACGUAAGAUUUCACUUCUUUUCUGAUUUUCACAUUUCUGUUCUAACGAAUCCAAAUCCAAAUUCAAAGUCCUUUUCCUUUAUUUUAUUUUAUUUUUAUUUUAAUGUUCCUUAUCUAGAACAGCAGAAUAUUCUUGUGCUCAAUUAACAUCUCCGGUGCAAUUAGGGUUUUUCAUUUCUGUCUCUUGAAGCUCACUCACUUUUCCUUUCUACUAAAGAUUAGGGCUUUUCUAGGGCAUACAUCUCUCUAUUUCUGUUCAAAUUUGAUUCCUGAUUCCUAAGGGCUGCAAUUUGUUCGGAUUUGUAUUUUCUUUUUAAGGUUUUUGAUGCUUUGUGUGCUUGAAGUUGCUUGGGGAUUUCGUAGCUUUUGCUAGCUUGUUCUUGGGCUAGUUUAGUGGAUAGUUGAUAGAGGGAUUGGUUAUGUCUAUGAACAACAACACCACACCAAAGAGUUUGGGGCAAUCUUCGUCACCACUUGGUAAUUCGGGGAUGGUCAAUCCAUCGAUGGGAGCGAACCCAUCCUUCUCACAAUCACAAGGACAAAUGGGUGCUGCCUUUCAGGGCGGUCAGUUCCAGCUGUCCCAAGCACAGGCUACUGUGCAAGCUCACUUGAAAGCACAGCAGGCUCACGCUCAAGCACAAGCAGUUCAUGCUGCUCAAAUUCAAGCAGCUCAAGUGCACCUCCAAGCACAAGGGAUCUCUCUUAACCAAACUCAGAAUGUUGGCAUAGGUAAUUUGGGUUCGUCUUCACCAUCAUUCUCAACUCCCGGGAAUGCUAGUGCAAAAUGGCUCCCUCAGAAACCUUUGGGUAGGCCUCCUGGUGUUCCCAUUUCUAGCAUGGUUUCACCAUUGAAACCUAUGGAUCUCUCAUCUGCUGCACGUAGAAAGAAGCAGAAGCUACCAGAGAAGCAGCUACAAGAUAGAGUAGCUGCAAUUCUGCCAGAGUCUGCUCUGUACACACAGCUUCUUGAGUUUGAAGUUCGGGUUGAUGCUGCUUUAGCUAGAAAGAAGGUUGACAUCCAGGAGGCCCUUAAAAGUCCUCCUUGUGUGCAGAAAACCCUUCGAAUUUAUGUCUUCAAUACAUUUGCCAAUCAGACAAGAACAAUCCCCAAGAAGCCAAAUGCUGAGCCUCCUACUUGGACUCUUAAAGUUAUCGGGAGACUCUUGGAAGAUGGGUUAGACCCUGACCAGCCUGGAGCAGUCCAGAAAUCAAACCCCUUGUACCCGAAGUUCUCAUCUUUUUUCAAGAGAGUGACCAUUCAGUUGGAUCAGAGACUGUAUCCUGAUAAUCAUAUCAUCAUAUGGGAGCAUGCUCGAUCACCUGCACCUCACGAGGGUUUUGAAGUCAAGAGAAAAGGGGAUAAAGAGUUCACUGUGAAUAUAAGAUUGGAAAUGAAUUACGUGCCUGAGAAAUUUAAGCUCUCUCCAGCUUUGAUGGAAGUUCUUGGUAUAGAGGUUGAAACCCGUCCUAGAAUAAUAGCUGCAAUUUGGCAUUAUGUGAAGGCUAGGAAACUGCAGAACCCUGAUGACCCUUCAUUUUUCAUUUGCGAUGCACCUCUUCAGAAAGUAUUUGGGGAAUCAAAGAUGAAAUUCACGAUGGUUUCACAGAGGAUAUCUCCGCAUUUAUCUCCUCCACAGCCGAUACAUUUGGAGCAUAAAAUUAAGCUUUCAGGGAAUAGUCCUGCUGGAACUGUCUGCUAUGAUGUGCUGGUGGAUGUGCCAUUUCCAAUACAGAGGGAAUUGUUUGCUUUGUUGGCAAAUGCCGAGAAGAAUAAAGAGAUUGAUACCUGUGAUGAGGCAAUAUGUACUGCUAUAAGGAAAAUUCAUGAACAUCGAAGGAGACGGGCAUUCUUCCUUGGAUUUAGUCAAUCACCUGUGGAAUUUGUCAAUGCUCUGAUUGAAUCUCAAAGCAAGGAUUUGAGGCUGGUAGCUGGAGAAGCUAGCAGAAAUGCUGAGAAAGAGCGCCGCUCGGACUUCUUUAACCAACCAUGGGUUGAAGAUGCUGUUAUUCGUUACUUGAACCGCAAGCCUGCUGUUGGAAGUGAUGCUCCUGGGAGCACAUGAUUUGGGAGUUUUAAGAGCUGCUAAUCUGUAACAGUCAUUGAUUCUUUCACUUAGCAUUUGUAGAUUUUCACCUUCGAUUUGUGGAAAUAGCACAGCCUAUCAUUGCCCUAUUGCUAAUUGCCCUGGAAUGAAUGCUUCUUGCUUGUAAUACUACAAAAUAUGUUCAGUAGCAUGUUUAGGUUUAAUUAUCCUAGUACUUGCUUGAAUCGUCAUGUUAGUACCAAAAAAAAAAAAAAUGCCAUCGUUGAGCUUAUGUUUUGUCA